UAACCGUUUAUGUUGAAGUCUGAGCUGAGGCCGAUGAACUUCAGCUCGGGGUCGCAAAAGAUGUGCUUAUAGUUUAUUAUAACGAAGCCUUGUUUGUUGAAAAUUGUCUGGCCGUUGACUUCGAUCGUAGAUUCAUGGUCGUGAAGAAUGCAACCGCUUCAUUACAAUUGACGAGCUCAUCGCAAGGCAUUGGAGUGUGAUGCAUCAUAUUAAUCUGAUAAGUGCGGCUUGUUUCUGUUUUGGCCAUUGCUGCUUUUACUUCUCAGACUUUAUAUUCUCUAACCCUCUAAGUAACGUUUGGACGAAUGAUAGGCAGCGCAGCUGUUAUUCUGAAAACGGGAUUGGGAAUGGCCUUGCUCACGCAAAUUUAGGUACUUUUAGCUUUGUUUUAUCAGGAACCCUAUCGGUGCGCUGAGAAAAAUUGUCGACCUUGGUGUGGGAGGAUAAGGCACAGCUGAGCCCAUUCUGUUCGGGCGGGAGUUUUCCGGUGGGACAGGUCAUCCACCCACUCAAAAGACACUCGGGAGGGGAGCGGUGCACUCUUCAUGGAUGUGAGGUGAUCAUGGAGGUGAUCCCUUACCCGUUGUGUCGUAGUGUAACGUCAGACUGGUAAGGAAAUUGUGGACAAAGUCGUUUGUAAAGAUGUUAUAUGGGUUCCUAUUGGUUCCUCUUUUGUUGAGUAGCAAAUUAUUGUUCAUAACACACUCAAGCGCUACCUGACCUUUAUAUAAGGAGAUGUCGGUACAUGCGGUAUGUGCCACAGCAGUCUCUGAUGAUUUCCGCUGGGUCUGGUCCUGCGAGGUGCCACCGACCAGGGCCAUUCAGGGGGAAAGUAAGGAGAAACUGCGUGCCGGCCGGGGGCGGCAUCUUUUCACUGUGUCCGUUCUGAGGGCGGCCGGCCAGCCAAUCGGCGUCGGCGAGCCGGCUCAUCAGGCGUCGCCCGCAGCCCAAAUUACAUCACCGAUAGCGGUCCUCGGCGGAGGCAAGCUGAAAUAUCACCGAUUCCCGGCCGGCGGGACAGUCGUUCAGAGCGAGGAACCGAUCACAGACGCUUCAGCCAGCAACCAUGAAGGUGUUCCUCGCCGUGGCCGUGCUGGCCUGCAGUGGCCUUGUGAUGGGUGACGGUGGUGGCCACGGCGGCCACGGAGGUGGUCACGGAGGCGGUCACGGGGGCGGCCACGGCUCCGGUGGUCACAGCUCUGGCGGCCACGGCAGCAGCCACGGCAGCAGCCACGGUCCGGCCACCAGCUCCUACUCUUCCAUCGGCAGCAGCGGCCACUCUUCCGGCCACUCUUCGGGCCACUCCUCGGGCCACGCCACCCAGGCGGCUGCAGCCACUAGCUACGCGGCCCCGGCCAGCAGCCACCACGCCAGCGGCCAGGCCGGCAGCACUGGCUACUACUACUACUACUACCCGGUGGAGGAGCACAAGGGACAGGUCGAGGGGGGCUCCGGCGGCCUGGAUCUGGCCGGCCCCAUUCUGAUCGCUGUGCUCGUCGGUAUCGGCAUCAUCCUCCUGGUGGCCGCCGCUGCCGCCAUCGCCAACGACGACGACAACAACGCGCGUAAGCUGGCGACGAGCCUGCUGCCGGCGCAGCUGGACCAGCUGCUGCACCAUGAGCAGCUCGGACAGGUGGCCGCCAUGGCCAUGCGCGCCAUCAACAAGAGGUGGUAAAAGAUAGCAGCGAGAAUGCGCUUUCUGGGGAAACACAAGACCAGAAGAGCGUCUCAGGUACAAUAACCCUCAAUGAGCAACAAUCAGAAGAUGGUGUGAUACGCGUUUUCUACUACCUAACCAGGGAUGAAAUUUGUGUCAUGAAGAAGAGUCACAUUGCCAUUGAUGUCAUAACUUCUUAGCUGGUAUUGAUAGUCAAUGACGUCUGACACAGUGCGAUUGCUGUGUUAAAGUCUUAACUUUGUUUGUUUUCUUCGUAUUUGUCAAUAUUCUUCUUUUGCUGUAUCAAUGUCCUUGUUUUUGUUGUUUGUUUUUAUGUUGUUUGUUAAUUAUUCGUUCGUUGUCAAAGGGCUCCUCGUUGUCUUUUGUCUGUUGCUCGUAUUGUUUGUGAAUUUGUGUUUGUUUUGUCCCGCUGUCUGUGCCGUCACGCUGUAGGUUAUGUGUCGUUACAUGUUGUGUCGUAUUUUUGAAGGUGGCCCUGUCCCUGGUUUGUCCAUGUUAAAUGUUUCGUCAUCGUCGUCUCUACUUGUGGUCCAUUGAC